GAAACUCGCUGUUGCGGGAGGGCACUUUUGUUUGUCUGAGACAAGAAGAGGGUAGGAAGAAGAAGCAGGAGAAGGAGGUGCAGGAGAAACACUUCUGGGGAAAAACAAAAACAAUUUGGGAUUAUAUUUUCUGUAUUUACUGUUUUUCCAUCAUCGUCAGUGAUCACAGAAGACCUUGCCCAACAUGCCGGUGUCCAGGAUGAAGAUGCGCCCAUGGCUGGAGAAAAUGAUCGACUCCAAAUCCAUUGCCGGUCUUGCCUGGAUGGAUAAGGAGAAGACCAUGUUCUCCAUUCCUUGGAAGCACGCAGCUCGCCACGGCUGGGACAUGAACAAGGACGCGUGCCUGUUCAAGGAGUGGGCCAUCCACACAGGGAAAUACACAAAGGGUGACACCUGCGACCCCAAGACCUGGAAGGCCAACUUCCGUUGCGCCAUGAACUCGUUGCCGGACAUCGAGGAAGUGAAAGACAAGAGCGUCAACAAGGGCCAGUUGGCCAUGCGAGUCUUCCGGAUGCUGCCGCAGAAACAGAGAGUAAAGCGGGACAAAGCAAAGUCCAGAAAGCAGGUCAGGAUGACGACAGAGGACACCGACUACAGCGAUAGCCAGUCGUCGCCCGACUCAUCUCGACUGGACGAAGACAUGGCCUCCGCUCAGGAGAACGUGGUGGACAGCACCGUGCGCAUGGACUCGCAAGGCGAGCGAACGAGGAGUCGGACGGACGACCCGGAGCCAUGGAGGGCGGCGGGGUCCUUUGCGGAUAUCCCGAUCUUUGGGCUGGGCAACGACUUGUCCGGUAGCUUCGAAGACAGAUUCCAAGUGUCACCCGAGCGCAGCUCCGAGUUUGAAUACGACAUAGUAGAGAUUUGCCAGCAACUGGAGCGAGACGCGCAGACCUUCAAGGCCAGUUGUGACAUCAAGGCGCUCCUGAGCCCGUGCACCAGUCCGGGGAGCCAGUGGAGCGAGUCUUCAGCGGACGACGGGGACGAACUGCCACUGCCACCUCAUUACACCACGCUGAGCUCCGACUUCAACAUGCCGGCGGACAACCCCUGGAACGACCUUCACGUAUUCACUAGCUUUUGUCCGGGACUGGACAAUGGUCACUCGUUGGACUCUAUGGGCCUCUCGUCGUUGAUUUGAAUCCUCCCCGCCCUGCCCCUGGACCCUCGCCCAACUGAGAAACAAAACCGGAGCACACUCUCAGGAAUUGUUUUAUGUUCAAAUCAAAAUUGUAUUGGUUGGAUUGUGUUGGUGUUUUCGGUGCACCAAAAUGUGGUUUUGCGUCUUUUAGCCACACGAAGCUCUUUGAUUCUUUCACGCUGCUUCCACCUUCAACUAUUUUCUCGAUUUCUCCACGGGCAACGUCUGAAUGACAUCAAGGGACGUCGGUAGACUAAAAGUCGAAACCCCGCCUACAUUUCUGAGAAUGUCGCCAGGUCAGUCUGACCUCGGAGGAGUUUUCACCCACUUUAUCUGACAUAACAGUACAGCAGCCGUUAUUAUGGAGAAUAAGAUCGCAUUUGUUUUGUUGUGACGGUGCUAGCCAAGCAUUUUACUUUAGCUCAAUAAUCCCCAAACGUACACGUUUCCAAACCGUUGUAAAUAUACAUGUAUAUAGUUGUCUGUUGUCUGUUUUUU